AAUUUUUUUCCGAGAAAAAAAAAUAUUUUGUGAAUAAAUAUUAAAAACAAAUUAAUAUUAAAUUCACACAUUAACCAUCUAAACGUUCGACUAUAUUAGUAAAAUAUUAGAUUGUUUGUGGAGACCAACGGCCACUGAACCCACCCCCAAAUUACUGCUGUUGUGUUUGGUUAAAAUCAAAGGAAAAUAAAAGAGUUUGUAGUAAAAAGGGGGUAGACGUCAGUAAUUAUAAAUAAAAAAAAGGAACAAAAAUCCAAAUAAAAAAAAAAUCACUUGAAGCCAUUGUGUUGUGAUGUAUUGAAUUGUCGUCUUACAAAGGAAUUUCGUGUUCAAGUGCAACAGAAGAGGUUGUGUUGUUUUUAAGCAGAAGACAACCUGUCAUCAUUACAGCCGCCGCUGCUAGCUGUUGUUAUUUUUAGUAGUGGUGCUGCUGCCUGCUACUGCUGCUGCUUUUGUUAGUCUCGCUAACGUCAUCUUUAACAUUUAAGCCGUAAAAUAUAAAAAAGCAAAAAUUCAUCAACAGCAACAUCAUCAUGGUUGACUUAAUAGCUUCAAUGAUUAAUUACAAUGUGUUGGAAGUGAUAUUCUCAUAUUUGGAUUUGCGUGAUCUUAGGAAUUGUUCGUUGGUGUGUCGAAGUUGGAAGAAUUUCCUGGACGAUGAGAACAGUGAUGUAUGGCGUACCUACUGCAUACGUAAACUACCCGAAGAGGCUUUAAAAUCAGAUUUACUUUCAUCGGUGCCCACAUAUAAAAUGAAAUUGAGAGCAUUUUAUCAUGCCUGGAAUCCAAAUGAUUGCUCGAGGAAUGUAUAUAUUAAACCAAAUGGUUUUACGUUACAUAGAAAUCCCGUUGCUCAAAGUACAGAUGCAGCUAGAGGUAAAAUAGGUUUUCGUCAAGGACGUCAUACCUGGGAGGUGAUAUGGGAGGGACCAUUGGGUACAGUGGCUGUUGUUGGUAUAUCAACGAAAGAAGCAGCAUUACAGUGUCAUGGUUAUGUGGCCUUAUUGGGAUCAGACGCUCAAAGCUGGGGUUGGAAUUUAGUAGAAAAUCAUUUAUUACACAAUGGUGAUGUACAAGGCAGCUAUCCAUUGUUAAAUAAUGCUCCCAAAUAUCAGGUGGGCGAAAGAAUACGCGUUAUAUUAGACUGCGAUGAUAAUACAUUAUCGUUUGAAAAAAAUUAUGAAUUUUUAGGCGUUGCAUUUAGAGGUUUACCGGAUAAAAAACUUUAUCCCACGGUAUCAGCUGUUUAUGGUAAUACGGAGGUUUCUAUGGUUUAUUUAGGGCCUCCUUUAGAUGGUUAAAUUUUUGUUUUAGUUUUUAAGUUUUUAACGUAUUUUUUAAAAUUAAUUCCUUAAUUAAACGUGCUCUUUAUCUAUAAAAACAAAACAAACAAAUAAAUAAAUCACACAUAUGAAAAUGGAAACAAUAUUUAUCAUAAACCACAAACACAACUCUCACCCACACAAAAUUUUUGGCAAAAAUCAAGAAAAUUUAAAUGAAUCUUCAAAAAUUCCCACAUUCAAUCUUAACGUACUACUAAAUUUAAAAUAAUUAAAAACAAUACAAAAAAAGUAGUAAAAAAAACAUUAGUAAUUUAAGUAUAAACAAAAGAAGCCUUGGACUUAUCACUGUUUUUUUGUAUAACACCAUUUAAUUUCUUUUAUAUUAAACAAACCUAAACCCUUAAAGUAAAGAAAUGCAAUAUUUAUGUAAACCUUUUUGUAGUUAAUUAUUAUUUAAAUCUCGCUAAUACAUUUUAGUUAAUUAUUAAAUUCCUUUUUGCUUUCCCCAAAUUAUGUUGUCACCGUAUUUGUUUUUUAUUAUUGUAAAGGUGCUAGUCUUGCUUAAGUUUAUUAUUUUGUUUUCAUUUUUAAUUAAAUAAUUUUAUAAUUGUGUAUAAAAAAAGGAAAAAAAAACUAUCCAUAAUUUAGCCUGAAAACAUUCUUGUGUAAUAUAAGUAAGAAAGAAAAAAAUAAAAAAAAAACAAAGAAAAGAAAAAUAUAAUGUAUGAAAAACAACAA